AUGGGUACAACUAACCAACCACCUAUAGCAAAUACUCAAAGAAAUGUUCAAAUUACUCCUGAUGUAGUGCUCACUCCUGACAGAAAAUUUGAGGAGUUAGAGGAGCCAAUACUGAUUACCCCUAGAGAAGGUGAAAUGGUCAGCAAAGCUCAAAUUCAAAAUCUUAUCAGUCAAAAAGUGAAAGCAGUUAUUGCUUCUGAAGCUGCUGAAGCUUUAGUUGGGAAAGGUCGUCUGUAUCCAAUGGAAUAUGUCCAAGAAAAGUAUCCAAAGGGGUAUAUAAUGCCAAAAUUUAAUUUGUUUGAUGGUACUGCAAAUCCUCGUCAACAUCUGGCACAAUUCAAAGCGACCUGCGAAAAUACAGGAGGAAAUGAUGCUCUAUUACUACGACAAUUUAUCAGUAGUUUAACAGGUACAGCUUUUGAAUGGUAUGCUGAGUUACCAAAUGACUCAGUGAGAACAUUUGACGAAUUAGAGACGAUGUUCAUCAAAAGAUUUGUCAGUGAAAUGAAGAAGGUGACUGUCGCUGAUCUCGCUCUUGAGAAAAGGAAAAGAGAGGAAUCAGUCACCAAGUACAUUACCAGGUGGAGAAAUCUCAGCAUGAAAUGCGAGCAACAACUCACUGAGAAGCAUGCUGUCGAGCUAUUAAUGGGAAAUAUAGAUGAUUAUAUGGCUCCAUAUCUGGCGAUGGCUACAAUCAAUACAUUUUAG